AUGCCAUCGGUGGACGUUGCAAUGGCGAGGUCCUUGCGACCUGCAACCUGGCAAUUGAUUAGAGAUGCUGUCGCUCGAUCAGUCGCCCAAAGUUUGGCCAAGAGAGAUAUCGUGACGGAUGCCCAAAACCAAAUUACCGAUGCCAAGACUGCUUUUUCAAGUUGGGAUAACUGUAUGAAGGCUGCGUUCUGCAAGUGGCCUGUUAUUGGCGUCAUCAUUGUUGGUAGCCUCAUCAUCCUGUCUAUUGUCUGGUGCAUCGUUCGAUGCUGCUGUUGCGGCAUGUCAUGUUGCUGCAGUUGCUUCCAGUGCUUGAAAUGUUGCGGCAACUGUUGCGGCUGCUGCGAUCCGCCUGGCGAUCGCAAGAACAAGAAUCUCGACAGCCCGUACAUCCCUCCUAAUCACGAUCAGAGCCAAGGCUACCGAAACCAAGCUCCAAUGCAGGUACACUUUCACCCACCAGCACAAUCGAAAUUCGAACCACAACAGUAUGCCGAAUUUGACGUCUCCAAAAAGGGCGACGGGGACGCCCUGCCUGCCAUGCCCAGCUGGGAACGCUCAGGGUCCAAAAAGGUCUUGGUGGAGGAAGAAGAGGUGGAAAUGUCCAAUCUCAGAAAGGCGCCAGCCCCAUCUUUGAACCAUAACCGCAGGAAUCUACCGUCUCCUACUCCCGUCAGUCCCGUGAGCAUGAACUACGAUCGCCAAUACGGUCAUCUCCCGGGCAGCUCCAGCGGUCACAUGUCUAAUCACAGUCAACAAGACCUGUUGAUAAGUCCACAAUCUCCCGGCUACGGACAACCUAACCAAGCGCCUUAUGGUGUUCCAAACCACGGGUAUAAUAAUGAUUAUUUCAGUACGAAUCGUCAGUCCGCGGGUUUUGGCCUAGAUGACCCAUACGAUGGCCAUGCUCCUAUGUCCGGCGCCAAUGCUCACGCACAAGCUGGUCAGCAGUCUCAACUCUACGAAGCUCCUGGACACCAGCCAUAUAAUAAUGCCCCCUACGGUGUUGCUCCUGCUGCCGUCGCCGGCGCCGUCGGCGUUUCCGGGGCAAUGGCGAUGCGCAACCGCAACCAGUCUACCGGACCGUACGAUCAACCAUAUGAUGCGCCGCCGGUCGUUGGUGCGACUAUGGGAUCCGGAGGUCGUCAGUCACCAGCCCUUGCCCAGAGUAGUUCUCCCUAUGGGCUGGAUCAAAUCCACGAGCAGUUUGCAGAAAUGCCGGCCAUACCGGUCGACCAUGACCGUAUCCAUGGCUCAGCUCUCGCUCAGCAGAACCGAUCACAAAUCCCUGAUCAGGCGGCACCUCGAGAGUUGGCCGGGAGCACGCCGCCUGAGGGUUAUGGCAUGAGACAGCCUGGCACAGCAGACAACAAUGCCUCUUCACCGGUAGGUGGAAGACCACCUUACGGCAUGGACCCUCGCAUGAGAAAUUCCCCUGGGCCUAGCCAAACGCCAGGGUCGCUAGGUGAGAAUCCUUACGCCUAUCCCCCACGGGGAUCGCCAACCCCCCGCAACGACCAGGGAUACGGCCGUGGGCCUCCGUCAUCUCUCGACAACGUGAACGGAAGCUACUUGCCGGCCUCUCCCCGCCAGUUCUCGCCAGGUCCCGAACGCCAAUACUCACCCGCCCCCGAUCGUCAGCGGACCCCCGGACCACGCCCUCUUACAAACACUGUCCAACCACCCAGCAACACCUUUAACCAGUCGCCGCCUCGCUCCCCAUUUAGAAACAAUAGCGGAUUCGACUUUGAAUCAGGAUACUCACGACCACAAGAGGAUCGACAUCACUCCCCCCCGGCUCAGUCACCCACGACAGCGGCAUACCCAGGGCAAAGGACGUACCAGCCCCAAUAA